UUGCUUGGUAGAAAGGUAAGGUGCAGGCAGGCUUCUGAAGUCCCGGAGCUAAUACUUGUGAUCUGCCUUGAUAUCCAGUCUGCUCAUCACUCCCUGAAAGUGCAAAUCCUCCAGAAUCCAAGGUACUUGAAGACAAGGGUCACCUCAAAAGACAGACAGGGAGAGGAUGCUUUUUGACUUUUGAACACAUCUGUUGGAGGGACUUUUCCUGAAUUUAAGAGCUGUGCCGGAGGUCGUCUCCAUGGACCCCCCAGUGUACAUUUUUCGAGAGGAGCCAGGCUCCACCUGCUCCCCGGGACCAUGCUCACUUCCGAGCAGUAACAGCAAUAGUUGGCUUGUGGACUGGGCAGGACAUGGUAACAGUGGCAGUGGCAUGUAUGAAGACUCACAGCAGAACCACACCAACAUCUCCCCAGCUAUUCCCAUAAUCAUCACCGCAGUCUACUCCAUGGUCUUUGUGGUUGGCUUGGUUGGCAACUCACUGGUCAUGUUUGUCAUCAUAAGGUACACAAAGAUGAAGACAGCAACCAACAUCUAUAUUUUUAACCUGGCUCUGGCAGAUGCCCUGGUCACCACAACCAUGCCUUUCCAAAGCACUGAGUAUUUAAUGAACUCCUGGCCAUUCGGGGAUGUGUUGUGUAAAAUAGUUAUUUCAAUCGACUACUAUAACAUGUUUACCAGCAUAUUUACACUGACCAUGAUGAGUGUUGACCGAUACAUUGCUGUGUGCCACCCUGUCAAGGCGCUGGACUUCCGUACUCCACUGAAGGCAAAGGUCAUCAAUAUAUGUAUCUGGCUCUUAUCUUCAUCCGUUGGUAUAUCUGCCAUAGUCCUUGGAGGCACCAAGGUCAGGGAAGAUGCAGGCAGCACUGAGUGUUCUUUGCAGUUUCCAGAUGAUGACUAUGUCUGGUGGGACACCUUUAUGAAAAUCUGUGUCUUUGUCUUUGCAUUUAUUAUUCCAGUGCUAAUUAUAGUUGUUUGCUAUACUUUGAUGAUUCUGCGCUUGAAGAGUGUGAGACUUCUUUCUGGAUCACGAGAAAAAGAUCGAAACCUCCGCCGUAUCACCAGACUGGUCCUUGUUGUGGUAGCAGUGUUCAUUAUUUGCUGGACUCCAAUCCAUAUUUUUGUUUUAGUUGAGGCCCUCGGGGAUGUGCCCCACAGUACUGCAGCCGUUUCCAGCUAUUAUUUCUGCAUUGCUUUGGGUUACACCAACAGCAGUCUAAAUCCCAUCCUGUAUGCUUUUCUGGAUGAAAACUUCAAGCGGUGUUUCAAAGAUUUCUGCUUUCCUUUCAAGAUAAAGAGAGAUAGGCAAAGCACCUCUAGAGUCAGAAACACCUUUCAAGACCCUGCUUAUACAGGGGAAGCUGAUGGGACUAACAAGCCAGUAUGACUAGUUGUGGAAAUGUCAUCUUACUGUCCUCCAGGACGAGAGGAAUCCAAUGAUGUAGGACUAACACAGAUAACCACAGCUGUGUGAAAUGGACCAUUAGAUCUAUUGGGUACUAUGUAUGAAUUCCAUAGUCUGAACUAAAAUCUGACGAUGGCUGAUAGCAAAGGUUUCCUGGGUGAUGCUCACUGGUGAUCAAUUUUUGGAUCCUAUUAACAACAGUUCUCUGUACAUAGCAAAACAUCCAUCUUUGGCAAAAGAUGAAAAAGCUCUUCACAAUGCUGAUGUCUUUGUGGCAAAGAGAAUUUGUCUUUCUGCUGUGACUUAGAUUCCAUAUGAAAGCUAAAAUGUGGCUUUUACUUAUUGCAAAAAAAUUAAAGAGGAAAGAUCUUACUUUGCUGUUUAUAGUGUUAUAAUGAACAGUGCCAAUUUUGAACCUAUAGUACCUGCCACAACUGCAAAAUCAACAUUUACAUCCAUUGCAUGAAAAGUGUAUUGCCAGACAUUAUAUGGCUAUGAAUCAUGUAGUGAAUUAUGGAAUCUAGUCUUCUGCUGCAGAAAUCCGGGAGCUUCUUUAGGAUCCUGAGGGUGGAUUCACUUGACCAAAUAAUUAAUGCAUUUAUUAUUUGAAAGGCAGAUAAAUUGGAACAUCCAUUAUGUGGACGCACGUUCACUCUGUUCAAGUAACAGCCAUUAAUACCAAGGGAACCAUAUAUAUGAAAAGCUGGUCAUAUAGUUAGUGCAUGGUUGGAUUGUGUGGAUAUUAUUUAUUUAUACAAUUUAAACUUCUGUGUUCUCCCCAUAGUGGAAGCCCAAAGUAUUAAAAGGAAUAUAAUUUUUCUCACA